CCAUGGCUGAUCAACUGACUGAGGAACAGAUUGCUGAAUUCAAGGAAGCUUUCUCCCUAUUCGAUAAAGAUGGUGAUGGCACCAUCACAACAAAGGAACUUGGGACUGUCAUGAGGUCACUGGGUCAAAACCCAACAGAAGCGGAGUUGCAGGAUAUGAUCAAUGAAGUGGACGCUGACGGUAACGGCACCAUUGACUUUCCAGAAUUUUUGACUAUGAUGGCUAGAAAAAUGAAAGAUACAGAGAGUGAAGAAGAAAUCCGUAAGGCAUUCCAAGUCUUUGACAAGGAUGGAAAUGGUUACAUCAGUGCAGCAGAGCUACGUCACAUCAUGACAAACUUAGGAGAAAAACUAACAGAUGAAGAAGUAGAUGAAAUGAUCAGAGAAGCAGAUAUUGAUGGAGAUGGACAAGUCAACUAUGAAGAAUUCGCACAGAUGAUGACUGCAAAAUGA